AUGUUGGAUGCAGAAUACCACUUCGAUAACGAGAGUUUUUUGGAGGGCUGGAAGCUUAUCAAAGAUGGUGUCGCAGCUGUUAAAACUGCUGCAAAAGAGAAGAACUACGAAACGGCAAGAGAGCGGUUGGGUGAGAUUCUGCACACUAUACAGGAUUUCUACAGUCACAGCAACUGGAUAGAACUGGGGAAUCGAUUUCCAUACUCCAACCUGAUCAGACCUGAUAGACAAAUAGAAAAUAUUGCAGGAGACAGACCUACUUGUAGAAACUGUGAUGAUAACUGUAGCGACAACAUCCUGAAAGACAUCAUGGAUGAGAAAAAACUGACAUCAGGAUACUUUGGAUUGAAAAAGCCAACUGGGAAAUGUAGCCAUGGAGAUUUCUUAGACUUUUCAAGUUUAUCAGAACCUAGAGGUGGAAUCAAUAAAGAUACACACUCAUCCAGCCAUGGUGACCUUCAUGAGGCUGCUGCAGGUGUGGCUAUUGCUGCGACCAGAGAACUACUGGAGGACAUUAGAGGUUUCCUGGGAGACUCUAACUUUUUGAGACUGAUGGGAUUCUCUCAGAGUUCAGUUCUUUGCUUUGCUAUUGAUACCACAGGCAGCAUGGGUGAUGACAUUGAUGAAGUACGACGAGUCACUUCUGACACCACAGACAGAAUGAGAGACAUUGUGUCAGAGUACAUUCUGGUGCCAUUUAAUGACCCUGGUUAG